AUGGCGAAGGGCUUGGACGACUUGAUCGAGUUUCUACUCGAAGAAAUUGCCGUCAGUGGAAGUCGAGGUGUCACCAUUAGUGAAGUCGCACAGUUCAUUUCUUCAUUUUACGACGACCCAGAAGAUGCCUCAGGACCCAAUGUGCCCGUCGGGGACAUUGACCCUGACUCAAGAGUCACAGUUGACCGGCCUUUACUUUCCAAGGUCUGGUCAUGGCUAGGUCAGCAUCCCGAUGUCUCUAUUGGUGACAAUAAACAGUACAAAAAGACAUCGUUGGCCGAGAUCGAGGUCCAAUUCCCGAACUACCUCGACCUUGGCUUUGGCCACAGGCAAACACCUACUGAGGACAACACCACAUCUGACAGGUCGAACGAACCGAGUGCAACGCCGAAGAAACGACCAAGUCCUGGAAAAGCCCGUGCUGUUCAGGGACCACGUAUCUCUCUUAAUGAGGCGCGAAUCUAUCACGCUAUAUGUGGCCACCCCCCGGAUAUCAGCAAGGUUGUGCCGCUUGAGUUCGAACUCUUGUCUCAUAUUGCUGCAGCGAGGUCAACUGGGAUUCUUCAGGGAGACCUUGUGCGAGCUUCUGGGCAGGACAAACGCUCUGUGCCAAAACGCACGGAUUCGUUGCAAAAGAAGGGCUACAUAACCAAAGAAAUCGUCUUUCGCCACGGUACUCGGACCAGCCGGCUCACCUUGAAAAAGUUCGCCCAUAAUAAUACAGCCGACGCCGAGCCAUUCCAUAAACUUCAUAGCCUCCCACAACAUGGAUCGACUUUGCGAGAUGUUGUCCGCCGGAUCUUUGAUGUGUUGGAAGACCACAAUCUUAUAUCUCAGACCGAACUGGCGGAAGAGCUGAGCCUGGAGGCUUCGGGAGAGUCAGCCAUACUGUCCAAGAUUAUUCGUCGGCUCGAGAAGCUGAAGUGCAUCAAGAGAGUUCGAACUGCGGUUGGACCUUCUGCAACAUCUGACGACCUUCGACAUUUCGUUCAACUUCUGCAUCGCCCUGACACUGCAGAUCUAGAGAGUUUCGACACGGAGAGGCUGGCUUUGAAUCAAACAAUUGAGGAAUUGGCAUCUAUUUCCGACGCAGAAGAUCGAAACAAUGGAAGUGCUGCGGUUCAUCCGACCGAGGAGGAAAAUGAAGAGACUUCAGAAGCCGUGUAUAAACCUGCCAGAUGGAACCCCGAUCGCUCAAUGCCUAAUAUUCUAGUUGAUGCCGUCCGGCUUGCGGGUUCGGAUGGUCUGACCAACUUGAAUGCACGUAAGAUGACUACUGGAGAUUUUGUGCGUCGUCAAUUAGAGUCUCUGUUGCACCGAAUAUCUUGCGAGUCACUUAUCAUGCAACCACAGCAUUUGCGACACCUGGCCAUUGUCCGGACCACUGUAAGACACGAAGGGGUCGUCCAGUAUGUUCACUACUCAUGGGAUGCUUUUCGAGAGAAGGUGGCAGCCGGCCAUCUCGACGUUUCUGAAGUUCCAGGGGCUCGUCAAAUCAUGAAGGGGCUCGCAGAGAAGGAGACUGCUUAUGAAGAUGGCGAGACCUCCCUAUCUCAUGCUAAUACGGACGAAUUCGGAUUUCCAUUGCAAGCCCCGUUAGCCUUGCAGCUGCGGCAUGGCGAGGUUACCUUUUUCGACCUGAUAACAGCAGCUGCGCCCGGAGAUGUCACAAAACGCAAUGGAGAGCCUGUAAUUGUCAAGCAAGGGACGAAGGUGACUAUGAUGUUACGCAAUGAGGUGCCUGUAUCGUCCAGCACGACGAAUAGGUCUGCUCGUUUGUCUCACCCUUCGCGCCAGCCGACGCGACAACCGAAACGCCGCAGGGACUCCGAUGAGGAAGAGAAAAUAGUGAUCGGUCGACCUCGCAAAUACAUGCGGGGCACAGAAAAGUUCUGGCGGAUGCAAUUCAAGCAAGCCAGACUGGAGGCCGGGGCGAAUCCUGACGAUCUCAAAAAGGGAACGGCCCAAGAUCCCUCAGCUAUUGCUCUGUACGCCCGUCGUCCGGCAAAUUUCGAUGAGAAUUUGGUCCAGGCCUUGGAGGCUGGGUUGCCAAUUCCCAUGCUUCCAGAAGACAUCAACGAGGAUUGGAUCCGUUCCACAAGGGCCAUUCUUGAACGUUCUCUCGAGGGGAUCUAUAUAUCUCCCAAAGGGCUUCGCUCUGACAACAGCCAGCGGUUAGCCCAAAUAAUGAUCGUGAAAACUCCACGUUUAACAUCAGUCGACUUCAACGACAGGACUGUUGUCUAUCCAUUCCGCUUCAUCUCCUCCAGCGCAUCACACAGCUUCAUAUACAGAAGGUACUACCCCGAUCUCCCAACUAUGCAUACAUCAGUACCACGUACGCCAAGGAAAUCGAAGCGCCAGGGUCGAAUCGCAGCCGGUAAGGACCAAGAAAAUAAGAGACAAGGACCCAAGUUGGGCGUUUUCUACGAAGACCCGGGCCUGCGGACAGCACUACCUCCUCGACUUCUUAACUCACCUGAUGUUCAACUUCCAGUGAAUGUGGUCACGGACACUACUGAUGAAGACAAUGGACCUCCUUUUGAAAGCACUAGGGCGACCAAAGCCUCAUCUGAUGCAAAUGAGACCGUGUUCUCAGAUCACGCAAGAAUUGGAAAUGGUCAAGCUAGGAGAGAGUCGCAACGAAGCACCCAAGAAAAAGACGCCAAAACCCCAAUUGCUCCGGGUCCGAACGUUGACAUGACCGGGAACCCCAGUACCAGAUCUACCAGAAAUCGGAAGUUAACCCAAAAAGCAAAGGAGUCCUUGCAGCCAGACCACAACCGGGACCUUCAUGUCCUUCCCGAUGUCCCAGAGGUUUCAUCCGGAGUUCUUAUUACGGAUUUUGACCUUCGCAAUCAGACGUCCGCUGAUCGAAAAUCCGAAGUAUUCCGCGCAAAGGAACCGUCGUAUUCUACUUGCCACUCGCCUAUGAAGGAGCACUCCACAGAUGCGUCAUACUCAAACGUCGUCAAGACUCGAAUUGCUCAGUAUACACAAUCCCCUGCUUCCAGUGACAAAGAAAUGGUUGCUUCUGUCAGUCCUAAUGCUGACGAGACGGAACCAAUGGUGAUUCCAUCGGUUGAAAGAGAACAGCCUGAGAGUUCACCACCAGAAACAUUUUUUGAGGGAAUCCCCGACAUUGCGGCAUCUAGAAGCCCUCCCAUGAGUGACCAGCUGCAACAGGACAAUCACGCAACAGAGGUGCGGGACAACGUCUCACAGAAAAGUUCCUUUCCACCAGAAACCGUUGUCAAAAUGCGAGUCUCAAGGGCAAACAGCGCAAGAACUGUGUCUGUUGAAGUGGGAGAUUCCGGAGAGGAAUCACGGCCAAAGAAGCGACAUGCUCAGGGAACCAAACGCUAUUUCGAGGGCGCCAAUGCUCUUUUCCGCAGGAUCAUUCUUCAACUGAUUCAGGAAACAUCAGGAGUCGUGCCAAACGAUCCUUCAACUUUCAAACGUGUCUCACUGCCUCGCUGGCAAGAGGCGGGAGGAGAAGGUCGACCCCUACUUAAAACCAUCAAAGCAGUAAUGAAGUCCUUGACCGAGUCUCGGAGGCUGAAGCAGGUUACGUUCACGUUUCGAGGAAAAGCUGGAAUCAUGGUUCAGCGUUCGGUUGUUUUCUUACCGCAAAUUGACCCUUUGUCUCAGGCCGUCGAGGAUAUGAAGCAGAACAUUAUCAAUGCCGAACCCACUGAUUACAUCCCCCCUGAGUGGAGGGAUGAAAGCUACCGUAUUCCUCUUGUCAACAAAAGGGCCCCGAGCAGAAGCCCUGAGGUCGAAGAGCAACCAAUGAGGAGACGGCGUGCAUCGUUGGCUGGGUCGGAAGGGACGAACGCCUCCACUACCAGUAGGGAUAAGAGAAGCCGCACAAAGCCAGUCGCAUCACCGCUGCCAGAAACGCCAGCGAGCAGCUUUGUCACGCUCAGAAUUCCGUCGUUAGGGUCGCUUCCUGUCGUCCAUCUCCAUAGGUGGAGAGAGGAGUGUCCCGUGAGUGCAUUGCGCUCCGACACUUCCGACGCGAAUCCUUGGAAAUCCAGUGCUUUUCGACGCGUUCGGCGGCAGCGAAGGUUCGAAGAGCAAGGUUCUCGGACAGCUGGAAGGUCAAUAAUAUGGCGAAAUUUUCCUUCUUCCUUGGAAGAUAUUCUGCAGCAACCAAAUCUUAAGCUGGACUACGAUGCCUUCCAAGCUCACGAUGCUGACUGGCAGCGCUUCGCCUGCGAAGUUGAGGGAGUUCGUGCCUGGGAAGAACAGGAGCCUGACGCGGCUCUGUCGAAGCGGUCUAGGUUCGCGUUCAUCAAUCAUUCGGUCCCAGCCGCCCUAUACAUGGGGUCGGUCCUUCCCCUGGCGGUCGAGUUUAGCAGUAUGGUACAGUUCGAUGGGGAUGGGAAUGAGGUCGAGGUUAUCUAUCCGCCUGUUGAAUCAUGGGCAGCAUUUGUGAGCGCCCUCCAAGCAUCUCCCAAUGCUGCUUCUCAAAUUGCUGCGGUAAACGAGGCAGAUCUACAAUUGAUGCCACCACCCUCCCCAGGACUUGGACCUCGACAACCAAACAGACCACUGAAGCGCAGGAUGUCCGAAGAUGACAAUGGCUUCAGCACUCUGCCUUCGCCUAAACGCCGCAGAAGGAUGGUACGGGCUGCGGACUUGGCACCCUCGAGGCAUAGGGAAAUCUCAGCCUUUAACAGUACAAGCCGAAGACUCCCUAGAAACGCCAAGUGGCUGCAGACUAUGCCAGAGGAGGUGAUCUACCGAAUUGCCGUUGCUGUCAUUGUGGUUCGGACGCUAGCAGGGGGCAUGUCAAGUUUUAUCAACUGGCAGAUUGUCAUGACGCUAUUCCCCGAUCAAAAGGAAGAAGUUAUCAAAGCCCGCUGGAAUACACUAUCGACCAGAUAUGGUGCUGAUAUACAAAUCCUCACAUCGGAUCUGCAGUCGAAGUACUUGCAAGCUCUACAAGUGGGCGAGGUAGCGUCGAUCGCCUUUGAUAACCUCGAAGCCACGGACUGGCGCGCCAUCGUUGAGUGGGCCUUGAAGAACCUCGACCAUUUCCACUUGAAACGGAUCGCAUACCUUCCAGCCAAGCGAGAUGAGUUGCUGAAUACCUAUACCCUGGAAUUCACCCAACUCAAAUCUUUCCACGAUAUCUCUUGGAAUAACGGCACAGCGAGUGCCAAAGAAGAAGUCGCAAGGUCGACAAUUUUCGGCACAUUUGCCAAUUCUACAAUACAACACGCCGUUCUUCGCUAUCAUCACGGGUUCGAACUCGAGAUGGCUAAUCCAGCCCUUCGGAUAGCCAAGUCAUGGGCCCUCGCGACCAUUUUCACCCCGCAAUCGGUUUUCAAUCCGGAUUUAGCGCAGAAGAAGCUCUCCACCCUUGCCCCAAAUCCGGGAGAAUGCGAUGCGCUCCUUACACGUGCGUUAAAGUUGCUCCAGGAUGAGAAGGUCAUUCAACGUAAACUCAAUGAUCACUCAUCGGAGCAAGCAUUGCGUGUGCGCACUUGGGAAGCUCACCGGAAGUUCUUUGAGCGAUUUGAGGAGCGCGGCAUGCUCACCCCGAACGUGCUGCGUUGUGCUGUUACAUACAAAUCGAAAGUUCUGGACCGCGAGUUUGCGAGGCGAAACACUGUCAAGAUUGAGAAAGAAGAGCUGGUCCUAGACGGUGAGAUGAUGGCAGUUUUAAAUUUGAUGGCAUCGGGACGAGUCAGACUCCGACCGGGUGCGGACGUGCCAAAGACUCGCUAUGGCUUGGACCAUGAACGCAUAGGGUACCGGACCAAAAAUUUGGACAAGAAGUUGUUGGGCUUCAGCGUCGAGCUCACACCGACAAAGGAUUACUUUUUUGGAGAUCCCUGGUCAGGCGCUUUAGGAGUACGCCAGCUCCCCAUUCCGCGUGGGCAGGCAGAUGAGCCGAUGGGUUUCAUCCCAAUGUGGGUUGACAUUCAUGGAAAUGUGCAAAUGACACUAUGGCGCAUCUUUCUUGUCGGCGUGAUCGGGCUCGUCUCACAAACGCCGGGUGUAUCUGCUUCGCAGAUUUCGAGGUCUUUUGGAUUUGUGCUUGAUGAAGUCGAAGUGGAACUCAUUUUGCAGUGGUGUGUACAGUCUGGAUUUGCAAAGGUUGAUAACAGGUCGAAGGGAUACGAGACGUUGGAGUGGUGGUGGCUUUGUGUUCACGAAGCUGAGGAAUAA